UACGAUCGUCCAUUUUGACAUUUAUCACGUUGUGAGAAAUGUAGACUAAGUUAUUUUAUUUAAAUAAUCAUGGCUAUGUUAGCGGAACCUCGUCGUAAACAGAAAGUGAUUAAUCUUCGUGCCAAAAACAGUGCAUGGAGCAAAGAUGCCAAUAAAUUCGGUCAACGUAUGCUGGAGAAAAUGGGUUGGAGCGCCGGGAAGGGGUUAGGUGCUAAAGAAAAUGGAAUUGUUGAACAUGUUGUGGCUAGAUACAAAAAUGAUGACAAAGGCUUAGGCUUUCAGGAUCGCAAUGACCAGUGGACCAAACAUGAGGACGAUUUUAACGCUCUACUUGCGAAUUUAUCUAAUGGUGACGACAAAGAAUCAAAAACACAUAGUGGAGUUUCUUUAGAAGUAAAAUCAAAGAAAAGCAAAGCGAGAGUACACUUUCAUAAGUUUACACGAGCUAAGGACUUGUCCCGCUACAGUGAGAAAGACCUAGCCAAUAUCUUCGGCAAGAAGGAGCUGAAGCUUGAGGAGAAAAAAGAAGAUACACAAACGGAGGAUAUUAAAACAACAGAACAAGUUUUCACAGAAAAAGGCAGUAUGGAAGACUAUUUUAAAAACAAAUUACAAGCUUUAAUUUCUAAAAAUAAAGUGUCCUUAUCUUUCAAUGAGAACAAGUAUGAAGAUGAUGCAGAUUGUGGUUUUAGAGGAUUUUCAGGUACAACAAAUGAUACUCCCGAGUCCGUAAAUGCUUUCACUGGCUUUGGAUUUUCAUUAUACAGUUCUAAUGUACAAAAUAAUGUAAAAGAUGAACCUAUAACAAAUAGUGAAGAAAAGGAAAUACCAGUUGCUACAGAAGGUUUAGAAAAUAUUAAGAAAAAGAAAAAAAAGAAGAAUAAGAAAGUGGUUGAUUCUGAUGAAGUAUUAGAAACACAAAGUUCUUUAUCUGAGAAAAAAGAUCCCUAUGAAUACCUUGAGGAGGGUGAUACAAAGAAAGAUAAACAAUCAAAAAAGAGACAGGACUUACAAGAAAAUGUUGUGAAGGAAAAUGAAAAUUAUGAGACAGGUGAAACAAAGAAAAAGAAAAAAUCAAAAAAGCGGCAGGUGUCAGAGGAAAAAGUCAUGGAAAAUGAAAAUCAAGAAGAGGAAAAUUAUGUUCCAAAGAAGAAGAAAAAGAAGAAAAAUAAAAAUCAUGAAUAAGUUA